AACGCAUGUAUGAGUUGGAGCGGCGCGAAGCAGAAUUGGCCCUGGAAGAAAAGAAGCAACUUGAAGCAAAGAGGACGUUACUCCAAGAGGCAGCUCGCAAGCAGGACGAACCUGUGGACGACAGCAAGCUGGUGGAAGCCAUGUUCGACUUCCUACCUGACUCCAGCAGCGAAGCGCCGGCGCCCAAGGACACCUCGGUGUUCAGUGAUCUGCCACAACAGAGAGCUGAUCAGCAAGAGAUGGUAACUCCAAUGCAAACUACAUCGGAAGAUGAAGAAGAUUUGUCGGAGUUCAAGUUCCAGAAGUUUGCAGCAACUUACUUCCAAGGGAAUGUCACUCAUCAAUACUCGAGGAAGCCCUUGAAACACCCACUUUUGCCUCUACACACACAAGGCGAUCAGCUGGCCGCACAAGCGCUAUGGAUUACAAUACUGCGGUUUACCGGCGACCUCCCGGAGCCACGAUACCACACCAUGGACCGGGACAACACAUCCGUGAUGUCCAAAGUAACUGCCACCCUCGGAAGGAACUUCAUCAGGUCCAAGGAGUUCCAAGAAGCUCAGAUGAUGGGCGUAGAUCCUGACGCUUAUCUGAACAAACAGAAGCCGAGGUCAAUCAGACAUAAGCUUGUCUCUUUGACUCUAAAGAGAAAGAACAAGCUUGGUGAAGAUGUCAGAAGAAAAUUGCAGGAUGAAGAAUACACAGCAGACAGCUAUCAAUCAUGGUUGGAAUCACGCCCAACAUCAAAUCUAGAAAAAUUACAUUUUAUUAUUGGGCAUGGUAUUCUGCGGGCUGAGCUGCGUGAUGAGAUAUACUGUCAGAUAUGUAAACAACUGACAAACAACCCCUCAAAGUCCUCCCACGCCAGAGGAUGGAUUUUACUUUCGUUAUGUGUGGGAUGCUUCGCACCUAGUGAAAAGUUCGUAAAUUACCUGAGAGCCUUCAUCAGAGAAGGGCCUCCUGGGUACGCACCGUAUUGUGAAGACCGUUUGAAGCGGACUUUCAAUAAUGGUACUAGGAACCAACCCCCGUCCUGGUUGGAGCUUCAAGCAACCAAGUCUAAAAAGCCUAUAAUGCUCCCUAUUACAUUUAUGGAUGGUAACACAAAGACCCUACUAGCGGACUCGGCAACAACUGCUAGAGAACUCUGCAAUCAGUUGUCUGACAAAAUUGGACUUAAGGACCAAUUUGGUUUCUCGCUCUACAUUGCUCUGUUUGACAAAGUCAGUUCUCUAGGCAGUGGAGGAGAUCACGUCAUGGAUGCAAUAUCACAGUGCGAACAAUAUGCAAAGGAACAAGGCGCUCAAGAAAGAAAUGCGCCCUGGCGAUUGUUCUUCAGAAAAGAAAUAUUCGCUCCGUGGCACGAUCCGACCGAAGAUCAAGUAGCCACAAACCUAAUUUAUCAGCAGGUGGUCCGAGGAGUUAAAUUUGGCGAAUAUAGGUGCGACAAAGAAGAAGAUCUGGCGAUGAUAGCUGCUCAACAGUAUUACAUUGAAUACGGCCAAGACAUGAAUACUGAGCGGCUGUACACGUUACUACCAAAUUACAUACCAGAUUAUUGUCUAACUGGUGUUGAAAAAGCAGUUGAUCGGUGGGGUGCUCUAGUAGUACAAGCCUACAAAAAGAGUUACUAUGUGAAAGAAAAAGUUCCUGCCUACAGAGUGAAAGAAGACGUAGUAAGCUACGCAAAGUUCAAGUGGCCUCUAUUGUUUUCUAGAUUCUAUGAAGCUUAUCGAAAUUCUGGACCUAAUUUACCUAAGAAUGAUGUUAUUAUAGCAGUUAACUGGACCGGUGUAUAUGUGGUUGACGAUCAAGAACAGGUGCUAUUGGAGUUGUCGUUCCCUGAAAUUACGACUGUUUCCAGCCAAAAAACAAACAAAGUUUUCACACAAACAUUUAGUCUUGCCACUGUUCGUGGUGAAGAGUUUACCUUCCAAAGUCCGAACGCUGAAGACAUACGUGAUCUAGUUGUGUACUUCUUGGAGGGAUUAAAAAAGAGGUCCAAGUUUGUAAUAGCUUUACAAGACUACAAAGCACCUGGAGAAGGCUCGAGUUUCUUGACAUUCAACAAAGGAGAUCUGAUUAUUUUAGAGGAGGAUAGUACAGGGGAGUCUGUGUUAAACAACGGUUGGUGCAUCGGUCGCUGCGAGAGGUCUAUGGAAAGGGGCGACUUCCCUGCAGAGACUGUGUAUGUGUUACCGGCAUUAACUAAACCUCCACCAGAUAUUUUGGCGCUAUUUUGUCAAGAAGGUGCAUCACAUGGCCGUCGUGCGCCAACAGCCACAUACAAUGGCACUGAAACUAGAGACAAACCCCACACCUUGCUAGAAUAUGCAAUGGAUCACUUCCGGUUGCCACCGAAACGCACCGUGUCCAAAGCUUUAACCCUUUCCACAGCUAAGAGGGAGUCUGAAGAGCUCUGGCGACACUCAAGAGAGCCAAUCAAACAACCGUUGUUGAAAAAGCUGCAAGCCAAAGAGGAAUUAGCCGAAGAGGCUUGUUUUGCAUUCACUGCCAUUCUUAAGUAUAUGGGCGACCUGCCCUCAAAGCGUCCUCGCAUCGGUAAUGAGUACACUGAUCACAUAUUCGAUGGUCCUCUAAAACACGAGAUUCUGCGCGACGAGAUAUACUGUCAAGUUAUGAAACAGCUUACAGACAACCGAAACAGAAUGUCAGAGGAAAGAGGAUGGGAGUUGAUGUGGUUGGCCACUGGCUUGUUUGCGUGUAGUCAAGGGUUACUUAGAGAAUUAACGCUGUUUUUAAGGACAAGAAGAUACCCUAUAGCUCAAGACUCGCUCCAAAGACUUCAGAAGACUUUAAGAAACGGGCAGCGGAAGUACCCUCCUCACCAAGUGGAGGUGGAGGCCAUUCAGCACAAGACCACUCAGAUAUUCCACAAAGUGUACUUCCCGGACGACACCGACGAGGCGUUUGAAGUGGACUCGUCGACUAGAGCGAAAGACUUCUGUCAAAACAUCGCUCAAAGACUGAAUCUCAGAUCUAGUGAAGGCUUUAGUUUAUUCGUUAAGAUAGCUGAUAAGGUGAUAUCGGUGCCUGAGGGUGACUUCUUCUUCGACUUCGUGCGGCACCUCACGGACUGGAUCAAGAAGGCGCGGCCGACGCGCGACGGUAUCACACCGCAGUUCACAUACCAGGUGUUUUUCAUGAAGAAGUUGUGGACGAACACAGUGCCGGGCAAGGACCGCGCGGCCGACGUGAUCUUCCACUUCCACCAGGAGCUGCCGAAGCUGCUGCGCGGCUACCACCGCUGCGGGCGGGACGAGGCCGCGCGCCUGGCCGCGCUCGCCUACCGCGCGCGCUUCGGGGACAACAAGCAGGAGCUGCAGGCCAUACCGCAAAUGCUACGCGAAUUGAUACCAGCCGAUUUGAUCAAACUGCAAAGUUCCGCGGACUGGAAACGAGCGGUAGUAGCCUCAUACAACCAGGACGCCGGCAUGACGCCCGAAGACGCCAAGAUCACCUUCCUCAAGGUCAUCUACCGCUGGCCCACCUUCGGGUCAGCCUUCUUCGAGGUCAAGCAGACCACGGAACCCAAUUAUCCCGAAUUGCUGCUUAUUGCUAUUAAUAAACAUGGAGUCAGCUUGAUACAUCCUCAGUCGAAGGAUAUACUGGUGACGCAUCCAUUCACGAGAAUAUCGAACUGGUCUUCGGGCAACACUUACUUCCACAUGACGAUCGGUAACCUGGUCCGCGGCUCCAAGCUGCUGUGCGAGACCUCGCUGGGCUACAAGAUGGACGACCUGCUGACGUCAUACAUCUCGCUCAUGCUCACCAACAUGAACAAGCAGCGCUCCGUCCGCGUCAAGUGACCUCACGGUAACACUCUGACGUCAUCGUAGUCAAACAUUCCAACCAUAGACCCAAUUAUACAUUUUUAUCCGCUUAUCGUUAAGGUCGCACGCUUCACGGCGGUAUAUUUAACUUAAGAUAGAAUUAGCCGCAUGUCAUUUACAUACAGUCAAAACGAAUGCUUAUAAAUAUUAAUGUCUUGCAUUUUCUACAUCACAAGUGCGCUGUAUGAAGUCUGGAGUAUACUUGUUGCACAAUAUGUAACGUCGCAAUACUUCGCUACACUUGCGUACUUCAGAGACAAAACUUCUGUAGAGAUGAUGUAUCCGUCCAUAUAUUAAGAUCCAAAUCAAAUAUAUAUCAUACGUAGAUAUUGACCGGUGUUACUGUUAACCCAAAUCUAAUCUGUUAUAGUUAUUAAGUACAACGAUCUAUGUAUGUAUUGUACUUCUCAAAACAUGAACUUCCAAGGCAAUUGUUAUCUAACAACUAACAGAAUACGUAACCUUGAUGUGUAAGAAGUAUCUAUUUAAUUUUAUUAAAAUUAUGUUUCGAUCUUAUUUUGGGAAAGAUUUUAAAAAUAUUUUCAAUGUAUGUCAUAUUUAUUCAGCUAAUAACAUCAAAUAGAGUGUCGAAAAGAUCUGUUACGGUAUAUUUAAUUAGGUGUUCGGUUAAAUAGCAUGUUAUGAAAUUAUCUAGUUUUGCUAAUUGUCAUUUCGAUAAGUGCCUAGCUUGCAGUGCAAUCACAAUAAGCAAACAUUUAGUUCACAAAUCAGAUAUUAUAAAUAAUACAUUUUAACUAAUAUCUUGAGAUUUAAAUUUAUAACGCACUGUUUAUAUUAGCAGAAAUUAAUAAAAUAAUUAACAGUGCCUUGACUUAAUAUAAACAUUCAUAAGAAUACACAUUGCUCGAUUUCUAUUGGUUAAAUUAAAAACAAAGCUAAAAGUUCUAUUUAUAAAUAUUUGUCUAUGAUCUACAGAGUUGUGAAAAAAAAGUUGUAACGAUAAAACUCGAGCAAUCUGUGGGUUUUCAAAUGAUUUUAGAUGUUUAUAUAUUUAUACAGUAACCGUUUAGCAUAACAUAAAAUACAUAGGAAACAUCAAUGUAUUUAUUUAAUAGGUAAAGGAGUUCGUAAGUAUGUAUAAAAUAUUGUCAUUGUUAUGCCAUGAGUUCAGUGACAAUUACAUUAUGUUUGUUUUAUUAAUUUCGCUUUAAAGUAAAAAAAGUUGCAUUUGUGAGUGGUUGUAAACAUGAGUCACAAUGA